UCAAAUGACAGCAAUGGCAAAAAUGCCGGUAAAACUGGAUAUUACCAUCGAUCCUAUGAAAAUACAAGAAAAUAACUGCUGUGAAGAAGUUUUAAGUGUAUUAAAAUCUGUGAGACCUUCAUGGUUUGAUAAUGAAGAGGCAAAAUCAUUGAAAUCUAAGGUUUUCACUGGAGGUAUAUCUAACCAGUUGUAUGGUUACUAUCAGGACGGACAUUUUAAAGACGAUGUUGUUCUGAUGAGGAUUUAUGGUAGUGGUACAGAACUUAUGAUAGACAGAGAUCUUGAAAAACAAAAUAUACAGAUUCUGAGUGCAGCAGGUAAAAGUCAACCCCUCUAUGCUGCCUUUGACAAUGGUUUGGUCUAUGGUUUUGCACAGGGUGUCACUCUUGAUGAGAAUACAGUCAGAGAUGAAAGAAUCAGAAAGUUAAUAGCCGAAGAAAUGAUAGAAGUUCAUGCAGUUAGACCUGAGGGUAGGGAGGUGAAGACAGGACUCUGGGAGAAAAUUUACAAAUUUUUGGAAUUAUCCCCUGAAGGAUUUAAUGACCCAGAAAGGAAUAAACAGUAUCUUGCAAAGAUAAAGCCAAAAGAUGUGUUACGGAAAGAAUUAGAUGAACUUCGUGUACAUCUUGAGGCGCUGAAUUCACCUGUUGUGUUCUGCCAUAAUGACCUGUUGCUCAAAAACAUUAUCUAUAAUGAAGAAAAAGGUUGUGUAUAUUUCAUUGACCACGAGUAUGCCAUGUACAACUAUGAACAUUUUGAACUAGGAAAUCAUUUCUGUGAAUAUGCAGGUGUAGAUGAUUUAGAUUUUGCACGAUAUCCAGAUAAAGAAUACCAAAUGGAAUGGUUACGGUACUAUCUACAACAGUGUGCCAAACAUAGAAAGGAAAAUCCAGACACAGUCUCGGAAAGGGAUGUUGAGAUCUGUUAUGUCAAGGCAAACAAAUUUGCUCUGGUUGCACACAUGUUUUGGGGAUUAUGGGGUCUAGUCCAGGCUAAACAUUCAGCAAUAGAUUUUGGAUUUCUGGAAUAUGCUCAGCAAAAACUGGAUGAAUAUUUUGCUAGGAAAGAAGAAUUUCUUGCAUUGAAACUACCAUCUUAAUGCUUGCAUACCGUAGCUUUUUAUUAUUAAAAUUUAGGAUGGGUAAUUUUAUAUCAAUCAGAGUCUGUGACGGGUUCCAUAAUGUUUUUGAUUUUGUAGAAUUAGGGCAUACGGUGUACUGAAAAUGAAUAUAAUGGUAUGACCAUACGUAAGAUUCGCUUUUUUAGCUCACCUGAGCACGAGGUGCUCGAGGUGAGCUUUUGUGAUCGCCCUGUGUCUGUCGUCCUUCAUCAACAAUUUGACUGUUAACACUCUAGAGGUCACAAUUUUGGCCCAAUCUUAAUAAAACUUGGUCAGAAUGUUACCUUCAGUAAAAUCUAGGACGAGUUCAAUAUUGGGUCAUCUGGAGUCAAAAACUAGGUCACCAGGUCAAAUCAAAGGAAAAGCUUGUUAACACUAGAGAGGCCACAUUUAUGACAAUAUCUCUAUGAUUCUUGGUCAGAAUGUUAAUCUUGAUGAUCUUUAGGUCAAGUUCAAAUCUGGGUCAGGUGGGUCAGAAACUAGGUCACCAGGUCAAAUCAAAAGAAAAGCUUGUUAACACUCUAGAGGCCACAUUUAUGACUGUAUCUUUAUGAAACUUGGUCAAAAUGUUAUCCUUGAUGAUCUUUAGGUCCAGUUCGAAUCUGGGUCAUAUGUGUGACCUACAGACCUACUUU